AAUGCUAAUAGUAGGUUCUGGACCGAAAUACUGCCGAUAUGUUCCCCACGGGCCACGACGUCGACUACAUAUGUAAUAGUGGUGAUCACGAUGGGCAGGAAGCUCAAGUCAAGCUUGUCUGGCACUGUUUCACACAAUGGGUAGCUCACCGUUGGCGACGCGCCCUCCAUUUCGGCGCUGGGUUCGCCCUGUCCUGUUCGCCAUUGCACUCGUCUUCCUAGUCCUUUUCCAAUCAUCAACCUUCCUCUCUUCCACGUUCUCUCAAUCCAGCCCACACGAGCUCAUCCGUCGCUCCCAGAUCCUCUCCAAAUGUGCCUACACACGCGCCAAACCCGGGCCUCCACCCCAUUUUCAUGCUCGCACACAGAGUGACCGCUACGCAGCGAACACAAAGCCUAUUCUCGUGCGUAACGCAACUAUCUGGACAGCCGCUAAUGAUGGGCACGAAAUCCUCACUGGCGACCUGCUCAUGCACUACGGACUUAUCAAAGCUAUCGGUCAAGUUCCUCUUUCCAUGAUUCAGCAGCUCGAGUUGGAGAAUGUGAACUUGGAGAUUGUCGAUGCUCAUGGAGCUUGGGUGACCCCUGGGAUUGUUGAUUUGCACUCUCAUAUUGGUGUUGGUAGUGUGCCUCAGCUAAAUGGUGCACGCGACGGGAAUUCUCGCAAGGCCCCCAUCUUGCCCUGGUUGCGCAGUAUCGACGGGUUGAACACCCAUGACGCGUCAUACGAACUCGCUAUGGCUGGAGGUGUCACUACCGCGCAAAUUCUCCCCGGGAGUGCAAAUGAUAUCGGUGGCCAGGCAUUCAUUAUGAAGCUUCGUCCUACAGCUGAACGUUCACCUUCGUCGAUGCUCCUUGAGCCUCCCUAUACCCUCAAUGGCUCUCACUUUGACCACUCUCUCACGCCCCGCUGGCGACACAUGAAACAUGCAUGUGGUGAAAACCCAUCCCGUGUCUAUGGCAUGACGCGCCUUGACUCUGGGUGGAACUUCCGUGCCGCCUACGACAGCGCCCGAAAGCUGCGUGAUGCUCAAGAUGCCUUCUGCUCCAAAGCAGAGUCUGAUUCAUGGGAUGACCUCGCGGGGGAGACAUUUCCUGAAGACCUGCAGUGGGAAUCCCUCGUCGAUGUGCUCCGCGGACGCGUGAGGCUCGCCGUGCACUGCUACGAGGCCGUUGAUCUCGACGGAAUCGUCCGCCUUACAAAUGAGUUUGAGUUCCCGGUGGCAUCAUUCCACCAUGCUGGGGAAACGUACCUCGUCCCGGACUUGUUGAAGAAGACAUGGGGAGGCACGCCUGCCAUUGCGCUCUUUGCAUCCAAUUUCCGGAAGAAACGCGAGGCAUAUCGAGGAUCGGAGUUCGCUCCGCGGGUGCUGGCGGAGCAUGGAAUCGACGUUGUUAUGAAGUCUGACCACCCUGUUGUCAACUCCCGCUACCUCUUGCACGAAGCCGCCCAAGCACACUAUUAUGGCCUCAACCCCGCACUUGCCCUCCUCUCCGUCACCUAUACUCCUGCUACUGCCAUGGGGAUGGGCCAUCGGAUUGGGAUGCUGAAACCAGGGUAUGACGCUGACGUUGUGAUUUGGUCCUCUCACCCCCUCUCACUUGCUUCAACGCCCACCCAGGUCUACAUUGAUGGUAUCCCCCAGCUCUCCCUUCCCGACCAGUAUAUCGCCAAAGGACCCACUACGCCCCCGCGCACGCCCAAUUUCGACUCUGAGAAAGUGGCAACGGUCACGUACGAGGGUAUUCCCCCACUUGAGCCUCGGAGCGUAAAAGCGGCGCUGUUCGUUAAUGUCUCGGGGCUUUACAUGAGGGGUGAGGGCCCGAGUGGAUUGAUGCGUGUUUCCGAGCAGGCGGGAUCGGUGGGCGUGGAAGAUGGCCGAGUAGUGUGUGUUGGUCAAUGCUCGGAUUUUGCACAAGGGGCUGUUGAUGUUGUCGACCUUGAAGGCGGCACGAUCACCCCUGGACUGACGAGCUUUGGUUCGCCUUUGGGGCUUGUGGAGAUAAGGCUUGAGCCGAGUACGAACGAUGGAAGUGUUCAUAACCCCCUUGAUGGGGACCUGCCCACCGUAUUGGGUGACAAGGUGAUAAGAGCACAAGACGGGCUUAUGUUUGGUGGUCGGAAUCUAUUACUAGCCUAUCGCGGCGGCGUCACAACAACCAUCACUGCCCCCGCAGGGACCUUCCUGCAGGGCAUAUCUACUGCAUUCACACCUGGAGCUGCGCAUGCCCGCGUUGAAAAUGCGAGUAUUGUUGAUGAGGUCGCGUUGCAUGUGGCUGUGAGCAUGUCUUCAAAAGUCGGUGUGAGCACCCAGGUGGCAGCACUUAGGAAUAUGUUGUUUGGGGAGGGUGGGGAUGAGGUGCUUAGGAGCGUUAGAAAGGGUAAAACAGCGCUCGUCGUAGACGUUGAGAGCGCAGACAUAAUGGCGACGCUGCUUCGGCUCAAGGAUGAGUACGAGGCUCAUUCCGGGAGGGAGCUUCAAUUGACAUUCGCAUGCGCCACCGAAGCUCAUCUCCUUGCGCACGAGAUUGCGAAGGCAGGCGUGAGCGUGAUUGUCACGCAGAGUAAGCCAUUCCCAUUCACUUGGGAGCAGCGGAGGAUACUCGCUGGCCCGCCAAUCACGCAGGAGAGCCUGGUCACUGCGCUUUUAAAGGCUGGUGUUAAUGUAGCCAUUGGUGUCAAUGAUGAGUACAAUGCUCGGAACACACGUUUCGAAGUCGGUUCGUCUCUCCUCAUGUCUAAUGGUGUUAUCGAUCGCACGACGGCUCUCGCGCUUGCCACGACAAACCUCGAGAAGGCGCUCGGAGUGCAGAGGGAGAUGCCUCAGAACCUUGUGGCAUACCGUGGUGGGGACGUGUUUGAGUUUGAAGCCAAGGUGGUGGGUGUUCUAUCAGAGACGUUGGGGCGAACAGAUCUGUUUGUAUAAGCAGAGCGAGAGCCCUAUUCGUAGGCCCUGAACUUCAUAUAGGGACGGAUGUAUUGCCACUGACAAUAAAGAUUUUGUAAUGUACAUUUUUCA